AUUCUUCAAAGUUGGCCAUUGGAGAAAGGAAAAAUAGGACAUUCCCUUAUCCACUGUUAUUGGUCACAGCUAAAACUAGUUCCAUCUCUAAGGAAAAAAAAUAGCAAAAAUCAUAUUCCCAUGGCUUUCUCUUCAGCUUUUUCACACACCUCCUUCACAUAUUCUUCAUCUUUCUCAUUGACAAGAAAAAGAAUUAAUACCCCAUUUAGAUUACCUUUAAUUAUUAAAGCAGAAAAUCCCUCUGAACCAAUUGACAAUGAAAAACCUGCAAAGCCAAAAUCCAAAGAAGCAGCUUCAGCAGCAACUUCCUCUACUGCCACCGCAACAAAGCCUAAAAAACCUGUCUACUCUAUGAAGAAAGGUCAGAUAGUUAGGGUGGAUAAGGAGAAAUAUCUUAAUAGCAUCAAUUAUUUGUCAGUGGAUCAUCCACCUUAUUACAAAGGCUUGGACUAUAUAUACGAAGACCGUGGUGAGGUAUUGGAUUUGCGCAUAUUCGAGACAGGAGAAUAUGCACUUAUUGGAUGGAUCGGAAUACCAACUGCACCAGCUUGGCUUCCAACAGAGAUGCUAAUAAAGUCUGAUAAGCUGGAUUAUGAGAGAAUAUAGUAAAGGGUCCACAUUUCGAACCAGUCAGUACAUGUCAGACAAGAAUAUAUCAAACUGGCUCACCAGAUUGCUCAAUGCUAAUUGAAGAUGAAGAGAAAUGGGAUGGACACACCUCCAUAACUUCACUUCUUUUAAAAUUUGUACCUCGUCUAGUUAUAUCGAAAAAUAAAUGAGAAAAAAAAAAAAAAAGAGCUGAUAUCUAAUAGCUCAUGUUCCAGAAUAUGUUAUUGAACUUUUUCUCUUUCAGUGAGCAAGAGUCAAAGAAAACCAGACAAACAGGCUUUGCUUGAGAAACCUAUCAAAAAACAGUUUUCUGGGGGACUUUAGUUUCAGUAGAAAAUAUAAUUCUUUUGCAU